GAGGAACAGAUUAAGGAGACGUGGCCUCCUUUUAUGAUGUUGGCGCAGCUGUGUUGCAUCAGCGCCAUCGAGGGCAUUGACAUGGGCCUGUUGCCGGCAGUGACCUUUGCUCUUCAGCACGACCUCAAUCUGAAAAUUACGCAGAUUGGAUCGAUGAGCUUGGCGCAGUCAGUGGCGCAGGCCCUUGGAGCACCUGUAUGGGGUGUGCUGGCAGACAGAAAAGUGGCCCGGCGAAAAACCCUGCUUGCUAUUGGCGCCUUCUUUCAAGGUCUAUGCACCAUAGCUUUGGGUUGGACAGAGAAUUUGGCCAUGAUGAUCAUCAUUCGAUCUAUCAACGGGGCUAUGCUUGCAGGUUUGAGGCCUGUUUGCGUGGGAAUCGUUGCCGACACCACAUCAGAGCUUUCGCGCGGCAAGAUCUAUGGUUACCUACAGCUAAGCGUGACAGCUGGCAUGAUGAUUGCCACUUCGGUUGGUACACCAAUGGCUACCGCUUCGAUCUGCGGGAUUCAGGGAUGGCGAGUAGUCUUUGCCCUCGUAGGAGCCUUUGCUAUCUUCACGUCUUUGCUCAUCUCCGUCUUCAUGUUUGAGGCAAGGCACGAAAGAAGCUGGAACAAGGAAAGUCGCAAGCGAUGCAGCGGAGUCACCCAAGAGAUUGCAAAGUUCUGCGGCUACUUCCGCAAGCCAACUUUCGUCUGCCUAAUUGGACAGGGGCUGUUUGGAGCCAUUCCUUGGAAUGCGUUCAACUAUUCCACGCUCUAUUUUCAAGUGGUCGGGCUGCCGGAAGUUCGUGCCGCCUCGCUAACGACUGCGUUUCAGGCUUGCUGUGGCAUUGGAAACGUUCUCGGAGGUUACAUUGGUGAUGCUUUGGCCAGGAGGUGUCCUGAACACGGGCGCGCCUUUACGGCGAACAUGUCGGUCUCCUUGGGCAUUCCCUGUGUCUUCCUGAUCUACAUGACCCAGCCGUCCGAGGACUAUCAGUACAUUUGGUACUUAUCUUUGCUGGUGCUCAUGGGUCUGACAGCAACUUGGUGCUUGACAGGGGUGAACCUGCCACUGCUGUCAGAAAUAGUCGAUCCAGCAUCACGGAGUGGCAUCAUGGCAUGGGAGAGUGCGAUGGAGGGGGCGAUCGCAGCCGUUGCGGGCAAUGCAGCCGUGACAUUCCUGGCUCACAACUUCUUCGGGUACGAUCUGGUCGAUGCGGAUCCUUCCGAUGCAGCACAAAGUCGGCACAAUGCCGAAGCGCUUGGCAAAGCUUUGGCUUUCACAUCAGUGCUGCCAUGGACCCUGUGCCUGAUCUGUUACAUCUUCAUGCACUGGGCAUUUCCUUAUGACAGGCGGAUUAUUCUGGCAGAAAGGGAGAAAUACAGGGAUCAGCAGGGCAGACUAUUGACAGGUUCUACGACGGUCAGUGAGGAUCAACUUGAACUCUGUCUGGACGACGAGGAGGACGAGAACCUCGAAUACCUGCCCUCUAUCGGCUGCUAG